AUGAUAAUUGUCACAAUUGCCAGAGACUACCCACAUCAGGCAUUAUGGUCAAUCCUGGCCGUUGUCAAUUCCAGGCAAGAGAAGAGACAGAAUAAAGGUAAAAGCAUUAUCAAUCGACUUCGUGCUACAACCAAGAAUUCAUCGGGAUCCAGUACGGCCAGAGAACUCUUAAAUCCUGCUGUGAAACUAGUGAGUGUAUUCAUCAACUUUUGUAACACCACACCUCCUCGAAACCGAGCCACUUGUGAUUUGACGAGGGAUCUUAAUUUUGAUAUGAGCAGCGUUCCGUGUAAGCUAGCAAUGCCAGUUCGACAAAUGUUGGAUAUCUCGUUGCCUGCUACUCCGAGUGAAGUAAAGCACCAUUCACCUUUUCAAGAGAAUGUUUACAUUUACGGUAGGUUCUAUUUCAUCCUGGUGACUAUUGAUUGA